AAUUCUGCCAAGAAAAUUUUUUAUUAUUACAUGCAAAAAUAAAUACAAAUGUUCGGGACGUAGCCCAGGAUACUUAUUUUUUAAUAAUUUUUUCGAUCCUAGCCCUCUUGCUAGUUGGGGAACUAUCUACACUAACCCGAUCCUUCAAUAACCCUACAAUUAUGCCGAUUACCCUUUUCACGUUGCUUCGAAGUAAUUCGGGAUUAUCUUUAACUGCGGACUUCGUGAGAUUGAUCUGAUAUUCACUACCGCUCGUAGAGUAUAUACCAUCAGGAGUAUAUAUGAUAAAAUGCCACUCUGUGCCUGUAGUCACAACACCAUAUAUAUAAUCAAAAUAGUCGUUCCCAAAAGCUUGAUCCGCAGUCCGCUUCUUCUUAUUUGCCUGGAACGCACUUUCAAGCUGAGCCAGAUUCUGCGCAUAUCCAAUCUUAAUAUUGCGUGGCUUCCCUUCGGUAAUACAGAGGAGGUCUUCCAAACUUUUGAUCGCAUAGUCUACUCUGCCCGUUGCAUCUUCACCGGAAACGUCUCUUUCUGCAAAACUAUGAAUAUAUCUUGAGAAGUGAGUUUCUUGGCGAUGGCAAUUGAUGCAUGUAAUAUAGCUGAAAUAAAUUCACAGCGCGUUGCCUCGUUAGCAUCGGUCAUGGUCUCCACAUUCGAAAGUUUUAAGAUAAUGUCCUCCAUACAGUGUUUGAAUGCUUUAUCAUCAUCACAGGAGUAAAUUGCUUGAUCUUUGUUAUAUCUUCCCCAUUGACCUUAUUUCUACGUAACAUUUCCUUCAGGUCGUCGAGAGUUUUAAG